AUGGCACUUUUGGAGGACUUGAGCUGUCAAAGUUUCGAGGUUGAGGUUGUCCUUGGUAGAUACGAGCACGGGGUGUUCGAUGCGGAUUACAAGGUUAAGGCAACAUCCACUUACCGCUGUUGUGGAUUCUUCCUCAUUAUGUGUGUAUCGAUCUGCAUUGGAGAAGGUCUCCCUCCCCCACCAGCCUGGAGCCGACAACUCCACGCCCCCAGUGUGAAGGUCUCGGCGGCGGUGGAGACAGAAGACUGUGUUGAUGUAGAUGAGGAAUUGGAAAUCCAUGGAGAGGAUUCAAGUACAGCAGUUGGCAGUAUCAGCAGUAGUAAGAUGAAGACAGGUUUGGACAGCGAGGAGGAAGAGGAGGCGUGUAGUGCGCCGAGACGGAUGAGAUUGAGGGUGUACGAAAAUGAUAAGGAGAUUCGUAUCGAAAGCGUGCCAGGUAUUUGUUGCGGAAGAAUUGGGAAGGAGACUGUUGGCUUCUUCGAGUGA